UGUAAGAUGUAAAGAUGUGCGAUAAUGGUGAUGACACACCUGAUUUCAAGAAUGGCAAAGAGUUUCUAGCAUAUAUCAAGGGUAAUCUAAGAGAAGAAAUUCAUUUUAGUCCGAAAAGGGGAGACGCACUUCGGGCGAAAUUUAGGCAUGCUCAGAAAAUUGGAAAGAUUCAAGAAGACGAGGAAUGGAAAAUAGCACAAGAUGAUUGGAGAUGGGGGAUUUUGGAUAUUUGCUCAAACAAAAGUAUUCAAAGUACUGGAACUCUACACAUCCGAAGUGCAGGCCGCAUAGACGGGGGAAUUAAGAAAAUAAAGAAGAAAGGGGGGAAAGAGAAGAGGAAGAAAAUAAGUGCAGGGAAAAAGAAUAAAGGAAAGAAAGAAAAAGUAAUGAAAAAGCAGAAAAUAUUUGAAGGAGAGGAGGGGUAUAAAGAAGACAAACAGAUCCCAGAACUUGGAGGGAGGACGAUGAGAAUGAGGCAGUUUUUCACGUGUCUGUGUUGUUGCUAAAGACUGCCAUUGGACAUAUAUACAUGUACCGAUGGAUUCACUCACACAGAGCUUUGUAUGCAAUGUUUCCUCAUGUAAUUAAGAACUAGUUUUAUAGAAAACGUCA